GCGAUGCAUUGUGGGUCAUUGUAAGAUGGCGACGCCCUGUGUCCUGUAAAUUUUCCCGUUACUACUGCAACUAUUGCCGUUAUUACACAUCAAUGUGUGCCAUUUCGUAAUAAAAAUGGGAGCACAAGGUAGUAAAGAUGAUCAGAAUACAGACACUAGACGGAACAUAAGAAAAGAUGUUCGAAUAAUGAAUUUUUAUGAGAGAAUAAGCAAUGGCCAGGUACUAACCUCAAGUCUGUUAUUGGGGUAUUUUCCUGAAUACAGUCAGCCGUUAAUAGAGCGCAUCUUUACUUUAGAAAGAUCAAGUGGAACUGUAGACGAGGAUAAGUUUUUUGACGUUGUUGAUAAGAUUCUAGCACCAAGGUCAUCAGCCUCUUUGACAAAGUUUUACUUUGAAUCAUUCUGUGGAUCUGAAUCUUUACAGGAGAAAGAUGUGGAGCUCCUGGUAUCCACCGCCUUCAGUCUCUUUCUAGUCUCCUGCGAGAUCUCCCUGGAGGCUUCGACCCUGGACCAGGAGACACAGCGGCUCCUGGUACACUCUAUCGUAUCCCAGGAAACCAGUGGAGCGGGGCUAGAAUGGAUGGAGAAUCACUGCGGGGAGCUUCUGAUGGGCAUGCACCACUGGUUUCUGGCUCGGAUAAACUCUGUAGAUGAUGUAGACUCAGCAACUGCAAAGGAAUACACCCUACCUGACCAUGAGGGCGCCCUACUAUCUAUCGGCAUGUGGUGGGCUUUGUCGAGUGGUUUACCAUCUAUCUACACAGAAUCCAAGACCAACUCUUCUAGUGUUUCUUCAUCUGGAGAAUCUCCUAAGACUCGGGUUUCAAGCAAGCAGCCCUGGACGUUGUUGUACAGCAGUAGAGAGCAUGGGUUGAGUGUUAACAGACUUCAACAUCACGUUUUUGGUUACAAGGGACCUACAGUACUCGUCAUUAGCUUUGAGGGAGGGUUCAUGUAUGCUGUAGGAUUGGACACAGAAUGGAGAGAGGGUACAGUACCAUGGGGCGGUUCAAGCUGUGUAGCUGUCAGACUUGCUCCAGAGUACAGUAUUAUUGAAGAGGGGGAGUACAUGGUGUUAUUCAAUGAGAAAUCACGCAACCUGCCGAAAGGACUCUUCAUCGGCCGAGACCCCAAGAGGAGACUCCUAUCUAUAACAGAAGGUCUUCAGACUAUCACUCAUAAAGGACUUACUGCCAGUGUCGUCAAUGCAGAGGUUUGGGGCUGUGCCAGCUCAGAUGUGAAACAAGAACAAGCUAAACAGAAAAAGACUGAACUCAAAGAUGCUGAAAGGAAUGCCAAGGUAAAGCUACCAGGCCAGUGGGACAACAACCCAGACAGGCUUCUCUUAGAUUGGGGCACCACCAGGACUGACUAUGCUGAUGCUUACAGGGAGGAGAAGGAGCAAUCUUGAUACAGGUCAAAAUAUUCCUUCCAAGUACUUCCUAUAUUAGAAGCUGGCAACUGGGACAAGAAGGUGUACAACUCAACUAAUAAUGUGCCAGUGAUAUCAAAUACAAUAUAGAAGAUAAAGACUGCCCAUGUCUCAAGUAAUAUUUUAUUUUUGUAUCAUAUUUUUCCAUAUGUAAUUUAUUAUAAUCCCUUUUAGUUUGAUAUUAUGGAUGAUACAAUGUAUGUAUAUAAUGGUACUUAAAUGUCUUAGGUCCUUAAGAGGUUUGCUGCAAUCUUUUUUUUUUAAUGACACCAUAAUCCAAUAUGUUGAUGACUGAUAAUAAUAAUAAUAUGUGGGUGUGUCGUGGUCAGUGGUUGCAGUAAACAAUUAUUUCAUGAGAAAGUCUUUAAAAUCAAGGUUAAUUGCCAUCAUAUUGUUAUAGAUCUAGAUCUGGUACAUUGAAAUAAUCUUCAUGAAAUCAUGAAGUCUUAGCUAAAAACUGAUAAUUCGAUGAUCACUAACAGUAAAAUGCAUUUGUGGGACAGUGUAUUAAUAUUGCAAGAAUAAGUUUACUGGUUCAUCAGUUCAGUUUGACUUUCUUUGUAAGGUGUGGGUUGAUAUAUAAUAAUAAUACUUUAGAGCACCUCACAGGCAGCACUUGUAUUUUGCUCUGCAAGUUUUGGUUCAUUUGUGUGUUUAUAUCUAUCUUUAUUGUUUAUAAAUUGUGACAUCCUGUUUAUUAACAAACUCCCUCCAUCUCUCUUCUCUUGACCUCUUACAAAAACAUCUCAAAACACACUUAUAUAACCAUAAAUCUUAACUUGUCUUAUGCCAUCAACGCACUUUGUAUCCUCUUGAAAAGGUGCUAUAUAAAUUCAAUUAUUAUUAUUAUAUCCAUUUUUAAAUUGAGAAUGAAACAGAAUAUUAAUCUAAUGAACUAUACUACUACUAAUACUACUAAUAUUAGUUCUGAGGGUAUUCACUUCAGCUCUUAUGAACUGUUUCCCAGGCGGGUCCUGCAUAACAUAACUGAUCGAUCGCAAGCUUGAUUUUUACGAUUGAUCGUACAUUGUAGUCCAUGGAAUCAAUCGUAUAAAAAUGUUCUACGAUCAUUGCUAAGUUUUGUGCUAUGGGCCCCAGUAUUGUCACCAUCUAAAUGACAUGACGCCACACUUUAAUCAUGUUUGUAAUUUCCACACGCUGCUAACUGGACUGAAGGAGCAUUCCACAGUGCCCAGUCAUAUGAGAAGUCUGUAGUAAUCUUUUCUACGAAACAAAUCGUUUCAGGUAUAUAGUAUGCAGCUAUGCAUUAGAGAUGUGAGAUUGUAGCUGAAUACUUUGUAUUUCUUAGUAUUAAUUUCUCUAUUUUUGUCUUGUUUCAGACAUUAGGAUUUUAAAAGGUCAGUGCUAAGAGGUAAACCAAAAAUAUAGGAGACAAAGCAUUCUCAUUUAGGUGUACUGCAGUACUAGAAUAUUUCUUUGAUCUGUGUAACAAACAAGUAUGUACUCUGCUAGUUGGUUUUAUUAUAUACAGUGCA